AUGUUCAAAUACGACUCCGUCCACGGCGUAUUCAAAGGAACCGUCGAAUCCAAGGACGGGAAGCUGGUGGUGAACGGCAUGCAUAUCGCCGUCUUCAACGAGAAGGAUCCCGCCGCCAUUCCUUGGGCCAAGUGUUCUGCACACUACAUCGUCGAAUCUACGGGUGUCUUCACUCAUGCCGACAAGGCAUCUGCGCAUCUGAAGGGUGGUGCUAAAAAGGUGGUCAUCAGUGCACCCUCUCCUGAUGCACCCAUGUAUGUCUGCGGUGUCAAUCUGGACAAGUAUGAUCCCAACCAUGCGGUGGUCUCCAACGCCUCGUGUACGACAAACUGCCUCGCACCUUUGGCCAAAAUCAUCCACGACAAAUACGGCAUCGCGGAGGGACUAAUGACCACCGUGCAUGCGACGACAGCAACCCAACGCACGGUGGACGGACCUUCGCACAAGGACUGGCGCGGUGGUCGAAGUGUCGGCAACAACAUCAUUCCAUCCUCGACUGGAGCCGCCAAGGCAGUCGGAAAGGUCAUUCCGUCCUUGAACGGUAAACUCACGGGAAUGGCGUUCCGCGUUCCCACUUUGGACGUGUCCGUCGUCGAUCUCGUCGUCCGCCUCGAAAAAGGAGCGACUUAUGAGGACAUUUGCAAGACCAUGAAGGCGGCCGCCCAGAGCCCCGACUACAAGGGAAUCAUGGGCUACACUGAUGACCAGGUCGUCUCCACAGAUUUCAUUACUUCCACUUGGUCGUCUAUCUUCGACAGUCGUGCUGGAAUCAUGUUGUCUCCCAACUUUGUCAAGCUUAUCGCUUGGUACGACAACGAAUACGGGUAUUCUCGCCGCGUCUGUGACUUGAUUGUCUAUAUGUCCAAGAAGGAUGCAGAAGCUGGUAUGAAGUUGUAA